UCGAGACUCAGUUGGCGAUUCAGUUGGUUCAAAAGUCAGUUUUGUCGGUGCUCAGGUGGCUCGUGCUGUCGCGUCCGCGUUUCGCUGUCCGGACCAUGUGCUUCUGAGUUGGACCGUGUCCGUGCCUGGACGAAGAUAUUAUAUCUAGACACUCGGUGGAUUACCCCCAGACCCUCGCAUUGUGCACCUCAACGGUUUUUUAGAUGACAAUGUCGGAGUUCGAGAGGAUCCGACGCGCUUGUGUGAAACGCGGCGAGUUGUGGGAGGACCCUGACUUUCCGGCCACCCAGUCCUCCGUCUUCUACCACCAAACGCCACCCUUCCAGUUCGUCUGGAAGAGACCACACGAACUGUGCAGCCGACCGCUGUUCGUCCACGAUGCCCCCUCCCAGUUUGACAUCAUUCCUGGCAAAAUGGGCGACAAGUGGCUGGUGGCGUGCCUGGGCGUGCUGUACCUGAGCAAAGGUCUGUUCUACCGCGUGGUGCCGGCCGACCAAGGCUUCGACCAGCACGGGGGCGUGUUCCGCUUCCGACUUUGGUGGUGCGGCGAGUGGACCGAGGUGCUGGUCGACGACCGGCUGCCCACCGUCCACGGAAGACUCGCAUUCCUGCAGGCCUCCCUCACCGACCAGUUUUGGCCAGGACUCCUCGAAAAGGCCUACGCCAAGUUGCAUGGUUCGUACGAGGCCCUGAAGUACGGCUCUCUGCUGGACGGGCUGGCCGACCUGACGGGCGGAAUCACCGAGAGCGUGGCCAUCAGACACGACCCGACCACCUGCGGCCGCCUGCUGACCACCCUUCUGGAGAUGACCUCCAUAGUCACCUGUACAGUACACCCAGCCUCGCCAAUUAACGGCACCCAGUCACCGCAGAUCAGACAACUCGAGAAACUGGCCAACGGCAUCCAAAUCGGGACCAACUAUCGCCUCUACGCCUUGGACAGGGUGGAGACAUUCAAUGGGGAAAACGUGCAGCUGGUGAGACUGAGAAACCCGACUGGCGUGGGCAGCGAGUACGUCGGCGCGUGGAGCAGGGACUCGGCCGAGUGGGACGAGGUGCCCAUGGACGAGCGGGAAAGACUGUCCAGCCUCGGCGACGGAGAAUUCUGGAUAUCGUAUUCGGACUUUGUGAAAACGUUCUCGCACCUGGAGGUGGUGCACUUGGACAGCGACACGAGCAGAGACGAGCCGUCGCUGCACCACCGCAGCACUUGGCAGAUGAAAUUGUACCAGGGCACGUGGCAACGAGGCGUCAGCGCCGGGGGAUGCAGAAAUAAUACAGACACUUUCCACAUCAACCCUCAACUGCAGCUCAUCCUGAGUGACAUGCAGGAAGUGGUCGUCUCCCUUAACCAACACAGCGUCAUGGAGCCAAAGGUAAUUGGCUUUACCGCGUAUCCCCUGCCCAAGAACUCGACAGAAACGAUAAACAGGAGUUUCUUCAAGAAGAACAAAUCACUCAUCAACUCACAGUACACAAACAGCAGACAGGUGAGUCACCGGUGUCAGCUGGAGCAGGGCAGCUACCUGAUCGUGCCGACGACCUUUGAGCCCGGCCAGGAGUCCAACUUCACCCUCAGGGUGUACUCCAGCAAGCCCCUCAAGCUCAAAAUCAUGGACACGACGCCGCAAUUAGUCAAAUCGCCAAUCCUGAAGGCGCCGCCGACGCUGGACGGCAAGAGUUUUAGUCAGUACGAAGCCGUGUUCCUGCAGCUCGCCGACGAGCACAGGACGGUGAACGCGUUCGAGCUGCAGGAACUGCUUGACGCCUGCCUCCCAAACGAUUAUAUAAAAAGCUGUGCGUCCAUGGAGGUCUGCAGACAAGUUGUCCUGGCGCUAGACAAUUCAGGAUCAGGCCGGCUAAAGUUUUCCGACUUCAAGGACCUGAUGUGCAGCUUGAAAUCCUGGCAGGCGGCAUUCAAGAGCCACACGAAAGAAAAAACGGGAAUCUUAAAGGCUGAAAGACUACGAGAUGCUCUCAACGAUGUCGGCUUCCAAAUGAACGCUGAUGCCCUGUCUAUUUUAAUCCUGCGUUAUAUGAGGAAAGACGGCACCCUGAGAUUCGGCGACUUUGUCUCAGCAAUUUUGCACCUGAGUGUUGCCUUCAAUAUUUUUGACUCUAAGGAUCCUCUGCAAAACGGCAGCAUUAAACUUACUCUCUCUGAGUGGCUCAAGACAUCCCUGACUUGCUGAUAAAGGUCAAACCCUAGAAUUACGUCCUACAACUUGUAUUAUAUGUAAUUUUGCAGAAUUUCGACGACGCAUCCCCUUUGUUAUGUUGAAACUCAAGUGAUAUCCAAUAUUUCCUUUUGGAAUGUAAAUACGAUAGGCAGUGACACGUUUUAAGGAAAACGGCUGUAACAUGACACACACGUUAAAUAUAGAAAUAAAUAUAAAUUCUGUGUACAUAUUAAAUAAAAUAUUUUGGGUAUAUCAUACAA